AUUCCCAAGAUAAGGAAACCAAGACAACUCACAGCUAAUCAGGUUCAGAGAACAUGGUGAGAUUUGGGGAAGCCUGCUUCUCCCUUAUAUUCCAUCCUGUCAUACUCUUUCAGCAGUGAUCUCUCAAAGUGGCAAAAAACUUAGAUAAGCCCCUGAAACUUGAUGUUUCACUAGAUUUUAUCUUUGACAGUCAUUUCAUUCGGCUUUUGUAAGAAUCUUGAGAGUUUUUAAGAAGAAAAAAAGAAGGAAGCAAUGUCCAAUUCAGGCCAAAAGUCCGGUAAGGCUACUGAGAGAGCAAGUUUCGUCAAUCUUCUUAGCCAGUACUUGAAAGAAAAACGAAAUAUUGGAGAUAUCAGCGCUGGGAUGACCUCAAAACCCGAAGCUAAAGGGCUUGAGACAUUUAGGCAGCAAGCAACGCCAAUGAACUUUUUCCCCAAUAUGGAUAACUCUUCCGAGAGUUCAAGACCAAAUCUUGUGGCAUCUGCAUCAAAUGUGAAACCUUCUGAUUUCUUUCCGGAGGCUGCCAAUUUUGGUGCCUCCAGCUCCAAGGAAGAUUCCUCUAACAAGACUGAUUUCAGGAAACCAGCAACGGUGGAGCCAAAGAGUGCCCAGCUGACCAUAUUUUUCGGCGGCCAAGUGCUAGUAUAUAAUGACUUUCCAGCAGACAAGGUCAAGGAGAUCAUGGCCUUAGCUAGCCAAGGAUGUUCAACUGCAUGUGGUGGUGUUGUUACUGACUCUGGCAUGGAAAAAGUAAAUUCUAACAUGGACAAAAUUAACUCUAGCAAUUCUGAUAUUCCUGACCUGAACAUCGCCUCCACGACUGGAAAUAGUCCUGAUCAAGACCCUUCUGUUGAGCGGCGCCAAUAUGGUGGUUCAGAUUUGCGUAUUGCAAGAAGAAAUUCACUUCACAAGUUCUUUGAGAAGAGAAAAGACAGGGCAGCCGCAAGAGCACCAUACCAAGUUAACACCCAACGAGGAUCUCCUCCUCCACCUAAACCUGAUGAAAGCAAGUCAUCUCAUGAGGCAGGUCAAUCAUCAAAAGAAGCAUCAAGAGAUCUUGACCUCAAGUUAUAGGAAUAUUGGUCACUUCAUUGUGUUGUAACUUAGGAUACCUUAAUGAUACAGGCUUAAGAUCUUAACUAUUGUUUUUAGGCAUUUUAUACUUCUAUCAAUAUAUUUUUUGUAACUAAUCUGUUACAAUUAAAUUCAGAUCUGAAUUUUUUUUCAUGUAAGUUUGAUCAGUUGAGAGCUAAAACCCCAAAAGCAGUUCUCUUA